AUGAUGUCAGCUGAACAUGAAACAACCCCUGAAAAACCAUCGAUUGAAUUAUUAGAGGCUAUUGUUCGUGAUUGUCAACAAAAUGAACAGCGUUUACAAGAAUUAGAACGGCAUACAAGACAUGAACGUAAAAAAGCUGAAAAAUUAUUGCAUGAAACAACAUUAACAAAAAUAAAUCAUCUAGUUAAAACAAAAACUAAUAAUCGAGAAAACAAUACGAAUAAUGAUGAACGAAUGUCAACUUAUCAUGCAUUUAGUUUAAAACAUGAUAACGAUUCAAAUGGAAAAAAUUAUAAGAACGAUCGUAAAAAAACGACAAGAAAAAGGUCAACAUCACAACAACAAAACUUUUUUAUUCCUCUUGAUGAUAACGAAGAUGACGACGAUAAUAACAAUAAUAAUAAAGACCAAGUGGAACACAACAAAAAAGAAAAUCCAUUGAAUAAACGUCAAUUAUUAGAAAAGGUAGAAAAAUUACUAGCAGGUGAUUGGACUAGUAGUGAAGCAGAUCAGAUAAAAAAAUCAGCUACAACUACAUCUGAUUCAUCAUCAAACGAGAAAAAGCAUCAGAUUAAUGGAAAAAAUCAUUCAGUUAUUGCACAAUGGACAAACGACGACGAAGAAGAUAAGACAGCACAGAACAUAUUGAAUUUAACAACCAAUGACGAUAAAUCAAAACAUCAGCAUGACGAUAAAUCAACAUGUUCACUCGACCACCACCAACAACAACAACAUCAGAGAAAUAAUCACGAUGAUUUGAAUCUAUUCAAAAAACAAAAUUCUGAGAAAACUCCAUUAAAAAAUGUUGAUGAGAAGAAUAAGAAGGAUCCAAAAGAGAUGCCGAUAGAAUAUGAAAAGAAAAAAAACCAAGAUCGAGUUAAUAUAAAAAUAAAUGUUUACGAUGACGAUGAUAAUGAUGGUGAUGAUAAUAAACCGGCGUCAUCUCAGAACCAAAUGCACCAUACAACGGCAACGAACAUGAACAGUGUGAGUGACAAACGUGAUAAAAAGUUUUACGAAAGACUAAAUAAUUUUGUUCGAACAGGAAAGUUUGUAGAUGAAAACGAUCAAAAUUGUGUUGAAGAAGAUGUUCCACGAUAUAAUACUUAUACAUCAUCGAAUCGUAUCUCUUCUUUAAAUAAUGCACGACCCGAUCAUCAACAGAAUCAUCAUAAAUCGAAAUCAGCAUUAAUCAAGAAAGAUGAUACAGAAAUUAUACCAACAUCAUCUGGUUUUUGGUCGAGAAAAUAUGAUGAUGAUCCAGAGUUAGCCGAUUUAGCACAACGAUGUGAAAAUUUAUUACAUCGUUUACAAACUCAACGUCAUCGUGCUGCCAUAUUAGACUCAACUGAUCGUCCGCCAUUACCAUCUUCGUAUCUUUAUCGUUCUAGUACUAAUAAUAAUCGCCGUCAUAGAUCAUCAACAAAUUUAAAAAAAUCAACACAACAACAUAAUAUUCGAAAUCGAUCAAUUUCACCAACACGUUAUAGUCGAAAUCGUUCAUUGAGUCCAGUUAAACACAAUCAUAAUAAUGAGGAUUUAAUGUCACUACAAGAAGCACUUGAAUUAUUAAGACCAGAUUUUAUAUCUCGAUCACGACAACGUGUAAGAAAAAUAAAACUAUUGCGUGAAGAACGUAAACAUAAUGCUGAAUUUAAUUAUGAACGACAAUUAUUAUUUCAACCUUCACGGCCACAAUCUCAUCGUUCAUGUUGCUCUUGUGAUAAAAAAAAGCGUCCCAUAUCAGCAUAUGAUCAACGAAAACGAACAAAAAAUCAUCAUAUAAAUCGUCCACAUUCUUCAAGAACAGAAGGACGCAGUAAUAAUAUUUGUUACACUAUUCCUUCAACAACAUUGAAUCGUCCAUUUCAAAAUUAUCAAGCAAUGAAACAAGCAACGAAAAAGAAAUACGAUAAAUUACCUGAAGUAAAUCAUAGACGACAACAACAACAAUUAGAUGAAGUACGACAACGAAAUGUUGUUCGAGCUAAAGUAUUUCGAACACGAUUAAGGCAAUAUGUAGCACGCUAUGGUAAAACAAAUAUUGAUGAACUUCUAACUAUGGUCGAUACGUAA